AUGACAAAUAGAAAUUCAAUUAAAGAAACAGAAUUUACUCACAUACUACAGUAUGAAUUAGAUAGUAUCAAAGAUGGUUAUUCAAUAUUGAAAAAUAUACAAAAUCUCAAAGAAAAACAACGACGAUUAUUAAAUGAAAACGAUGAACAGAUUAUUGAUAAACGUGUUAAACAGUAUCAACAACAAGUACAAGCGAUAGAAAAUUUGCAUGUUGAAACACUUCAAUCAAUGAAACAAAUUCAAACGAAAUGGAGUAAAAUGAGAAAUUUAUACAUAGAAGUAGAGCAAUUACUAGAGAAGAAUCAAUUGUUAUGGGAAAAAAGUGCUGAUAAAUAUAGUAUUACACCUGAGACUAUACAUAAACAACUUCAAAUCUUACAGUCACUAAUACGUGAUCUUGAUGGUAGAACACAAAUUUUUGAUUCUCUAAAAAUAAUGGCUGAAACAUUGUCUCAUAAACAAACCAUUGAAAAAGUGAAUAAAUCAAUAAUGACAAAGUUUAUUAUUAUUACAUAUUCAAGUAUGAUAAAAUCAGAUAUAAAAUAUUCUUGA